CCACCACCCACCCAUUCCAGUUGGAGCUAGAAUAAGAUCUUACAAAAUAAUUACACACCAAUUGGGUGGGAAUUUCUUGCUCCUUUUGCAAAUUAUUAUAAGCGCCGAAUCAUAAUCAUCUUCUAGAUUAAUUUCAGGAUAUAUCAUGUCUCAAGCUUAUAAUGAUGAUGCAAAGGUAGCCACGCACGACUCCGAAUCCGGCCGCGGGAUCGGAGGAUCCGACGAUAUGGAGCUUCGACGGAAGAAACGCAAGCAACUCUUGGUAUACAUCGCCGCGUUUGCCGUGUUUCAAACCGCCAUCAUAUUGUUCUUUGUCCUCGUGAUAAUGAAGGUCAGAACCCCUACAUUCGGAUUCGACGUGGCGCUGUUGAUGCCGUCCAACUCUCAAUUCGGGACGCGCCAGAACCCUUCAUUCGACUUGAAGAUGAAUGCCGUGCUAAGAAUCGAGAACCCUAAUUUCGGGAGCUACGAGUUUGAAAACAGUUCCGUUGUUUUCUACUACGAAGACGAGCCGGUCGGGGAAGUUGCGGUGGAGAAGACGGGAGUCGGGUGGCGUUCGACCAAGAGGGUGGAUGCUUCGUUGAGUUUGUCGUCCAAGGGUUUGCCCAACAACACUAAAUCCCAGCUGGGAAAUGAUCUUACUUCUGGGGUGUUGACGUUGAACACUAAAUCGAAACUGGAUGGGAAGGUGGACUUGGUCUUUAUUUUCAACAAGAAGAAAGCUAUAGACAUGGAUUGCGCCCUUACCAUUGGGGUGGCUGAUAAAGUCGUAAGACAAAUUAGCUGCAAAUGACAACAUUAGUUCCUUUUGUUUUUCCCCUACUAUACAUAGGGUCCAAUAAUAAUACUCCCUCCAUCCCAUAAUUAUUGUCCACUUUACUCAAAAAAUUUUGUCUCAAAAUUAUUAUCCAAUUUGACUUUUUAUGAAUCAAGUUACACAUUUGCCCUUAGUAAAAAAUAUUAUCCAUAAAAUCUUUGUGGUUAAAAAAUUACUUAUGUAGGGGUAUAUCUGGUUAUUCAAGGUAAAAUAUAGUUAAGUUUGACCAAAAAUAAAAUCUUUCAUUUUAGUAAAACUGGACAAUAAUUAUGGGACGGAGGGAGUAUAUGUUAUAGUUUCCCCCAAUCAAAUGGGAUGUUUUUUUGUUAAUUAUUAUGUUUAUUCAUUUCUAGUAAUCUAUAUUCUUUUGUGAUAGUUAGAUUGCUAGAGCCAGGAAUGAAGGAAUACACACGUUUGUUUUCCAUUGAUUUUCUUCCCCAUUAAUCGACUCUGAAAUUCGGAGACCUAUGUUUACGGUGGAUUGUCACCUUAAAUAAGUGAUCAUGUUUGACUGUCAC